GUUCGUAUGAAUGUGUGUAUUUGUUUUUAUAUAUGUUUGUGCUAUGUUUGUUCGUUGUUCCUUCUGAGCGACCGUAGUUUUGGAGAGUAACCGGAAAUGGGUAAGUCCGAGCGGGACGCUUUGAAACUCCAGCAAGUUCGCUGAGUUUGUUUACCCGAUUCUACUGCAAAUGCAGUAUUGAAACAUGUACAGGCACAGAUAACAGACUGUGCUUCAUGUGAGGGUUCGAUGCCUACCAGCUGAGCUCUGUCGGGGCCUGUUAGAGACACCAGUGAUAAGCGCCAGGACCGACGUCAGUCAAGGUCAGCCUUUUGGUGAUCUGAACACGAGAACAGACCAAGAGUAAUUAGUUUGGUGGUGAAAGAAGGGGAACUCAACCGUGGUCAUCAGCCGACACUACAACAAUGACUGUUGCCGGAGGCCGCACUGGAAAUGUAUUUCCACCUUCCAGUUACCAGGAGUGUGGUAACUAUAUGUACAUAUUGGUACUAUACACCAAUCUAGUGUCCUGUGUGGAACUUGUCCUUUGUGGAACUUGGUGUCCUGUGUGGACAUUGAUCAGAGUCAUCUGAUUGCUAAGUUUUAGCAGAACAUAUUGUUAUUGGAGCCGAGGAGACUUACAAUAGAGUCCAGGAGAACUGUAACUACCUCAGGGUGCAGCAGAGACUUUUUGUGUAGUUUAUAGGAUCAUUAUGUGUGAAACUGUGUGGAUGUGAGUGUGAUUUGUUUAUGUUGUAAAUAAAUUGUAAAUAUGUAUUCGAAAUCUUGUUUUCAUUUGCCGUGUAACUACUCGACGCUCAUCCUACGUUACAAAAUUGGUGGCAGCGGUGGGAUGACUUCCGUGUUGUUAUUCGGGAUUUGAAUCCAGGUUUUUGUACUUCUUGUAUGUUAGGUUAUUUACUAGAUAUUUGUUCUUGUUUUGGGCAAUACUGAAGACUGCUAUUUCCUUUUUCAAAACAUGUCCUUUGUUGACUUCAUGGAAGCUUCGGUGGAUUAACCGUCUAGGUAAGUACCAGGAAAAAAGAAACGAGAAGAGCAGAAGCACGCGGGUAGUCUUUAAGGUUGGUAAGUAUAUGUCCAUGUUUUUUGUUGUAUUGUAUUGUCAGUAGUCCUUUACAUUGUUGUUGUACCUGUAGCUACCAACAUGUCGUCACUACAAGAUCUUAUAGCUCGUGGGAGGGAAAUGAAGUAUGAGGGAGAAGCUUUACAGAAGUUCGUCAGCGAGCAACAAGCCCAAGAGAGAGAUGAGCGAGAGAAGGAAAGAACAUUCAGAUUCGAGAUGGAGAAGAAGAAUCUACUGUUGGAACAGGCUAAGAUAGAAGCUGAGCGGGAAGUACGAGCGGAAGCACGAAUGGAACAGGAGCACAAGUGGAAACUGGAGAUCCUACAAGCUGGAGGUGGAGAGGAGAAACCCAGUACUCUUACUCCAAGGGAUUCGUCUAUGAAACGGGGACCUAAGUUACCAGCAUUCGAUGAGACUCGCGACAAUAUGGAUGCCUACCUACAGAGGUUUGAACGAUAUGCUGAGGCACAGAGAUGGGAGCGAGGCAAUUGGGGAGCGAACCUCAGUGCUCUGUUGAGGGGAAAAGCAUUAGAUGUGUUUUCUCGUCUGCCAGUGGAAAAAGCCCUAGACUUUGAUGAGUUGAAAAACGCGCUCUUACUUAGAUUUGAGAUGACGGAGGAAGGUUUUAGGAAAUCGUUCCGAACAGCUAGACCCGAGGGAGGAGAGACGUUCUCACAAUUUGCUACACGCUUGCAAAGUUAUGCCGAGAGAUGGAUUGAACUGAGUAAGACAGAAAAAAACUACGAGAAGCUGAGAGAUCUCAUGCUGAGGGACCAGUUCAUUCACUGUUGUGGUCAGGAUCUUUCCCUAUUUCUGAAGGAGAGAACACCAUCUUCAAUUACAGCGAUGGCUAAACUAGCGGACCAGUUCGUAGAAGCACGGGGAACGAAGGCGAACCAAGUGAUCUCUAGGGGACAGAAGUCAGGUUCCAGUAAGCUACAGAGUUCCAGUCCUGCUGAUACGUCUACGUCAAAGCCUUCAGCUAAAGAUAGGAAAUGCUACAACUGUGGGAAACCGGGUCAUCUAUCAUACGAGUGUCGUGCAAAGAAGAAUGGUUCUGGACACAAAGUUGCAGCUAUUGUGGAAGAACGACAUGGUAAAGAGACUGAGGGUGACUUGACGAAAGCAUGUAAGAAGAAAUAUAGGAAACCAGCGGGGAGUGAGUUUCACAACAAGAAUGACUUGGCAACUCUAAGCAUGUCCUGUGAUGUGAACAGCUCUAGAUCUACGGCCAUGCCAGUUGUGAAAGGGUGUGCUGGAAAGUAUUGUGUAACAGUGCUUCGAGAUACAGGAUGUAGCGGUGUCGUGGUAAGGAAAUGUCUCGUCGACAAGGAUAGUUUUACUGACAGAGUUCAAGUUUGCACUUUCGCCGAUGGAUCAAGAUUAGAAACACCUAUUGCUAUAGUGGAAGUGGAUUCGCCUUAUUUCAGAGGAACAACUGAAGCGUGGGCACUGGAAACUCCACUGUAUGACUUGAUUAUAGGUAAUAUUUAUGGUGCAUUACCUCCUGACCAACCAGACAAGAACUGGAAGAUGAAGGGUUCUAAUGUUCAAACGGUAGAGACACGCGCUCAGAUGAAGAAGAAAGGGAUUGCUUGCAGACCAUUGAAGGUGCCUGAUUUGAUGACGGAUAUAGGCAAUGUAGAAGAUUUGAAAGAAGAGCAACAGAAAGACCCCACAUUGGAGAAGUUCAGGAAGUUGGCGUCCGCCGAAGAAACCUAUGAGCGAGAUGAUGGGGGCUCAUCUACUAUCUUUUAUAAAAAGGGUGUAAUGUACCGGAAGUUUAAAAGUCCGAGAGUGAGGAAUGGCAUGACUUUCCGGCAACUGAUUGUUCCAGAAAAGUAUCGAGAGAUGGUGAUGAGACUGGCGCAUGAAUCCAUCAUGUCGGGGCAUUUAGCGGCUAAGAGGACUACCAACAGAGUUCUUUGGGAGUUCUUCUGGCCUGGUGUUCAAGCGGAGGUGAUUCGGUUUUGCAAAUCCUGUGAUAUCUGUCAGCGGACAUUUCCGAAGGGGAGAGUUCCCAAAGCUCCUUUGGGUGACAUGCCUCUCAUCGAUACCCCAUUCAAGAGGAUUGCGGUGGAUCUGAUCGGACCACUGGAACCAGCUACAGAGCGUGGAAACCGAUAUAUUUUGACAGUCGUGGACUAUGCCACUCGUUAUCCUGAAGCGGUUGCACUAAAGAGUAUAGAGACUGAGAGAGUUGCGGAGGCACUCAUAGAUAUCUUUAGCAGAGUGGGGAUCCCUUCUGAAAUGUUAACUGAUCAGGGUGCGCAAUUUACGUCGGAGUUGAUGCGAGAAGUAAGUCGACUGCUGUCAAUCAGACAGCUUACCACUUCGCCAUACCAUCCCAUGUGCAACGGUUUAGUGGAAAGGUUCAAUGGUACCCUUAAACAGAUGUUGCGCAAGAUGAGUGCAGAGCGACCUAAGGAUUGGGACAGAUUUAUUAAUGCCCUACUUUUUGCCUACCGUGAGGUUCCACAAGAAUCACUGGGAUUUUCACCGUUUGAGUUGCUGUACGGUAGAGCAGUAAGGGGUCCAAUGAUGAUUCUGAGGGAGCUUAUGACGAAAGAUAUACCAGACGAGGAAGUGAAAACAACGUAUCAGUACGUUAUGGAUUUACGAGAGAGGAUCGAAGAAACCUGUAGUAUAGCAGCGGAUCAUCUUAAGGAUGCCAAGUUCAAACAAAAGAAGUACUUUAACAGGAGAGCGAGACAGCGAAACUUAAAGGCGGGUGAUAAGGUAUUGGUGCUCCUUCCUACAAAGGCAAACAAACUUCUGAUGCAAUGGAGAGGACCUUAUGAAGUUGUUGAGAAAGUUGGACCAUCAGACUAUCGUGUCAACCGAGAUGGAAAGGUUAAAGUACUCCAUAUUAAUCUGCUGAAAAAGUAUGAGAUCCGUAGGAAGAACCAACAAGAUCUUGCGGCAGUGUCUAUUGAAGGAGCUUUUGCUUGUGUAAUGUCGAUGGUUAUUGACGAAGAUGAGAUCAAAGAAACUGAUUUCAACCAGGUUUUGGAGACUAUUCCUUGUGACAAAGGAAAGGAAGGGAUCGAAGAUGUUGAAAUUGCGGACAGCCUGUCACAAGAACGGAGGAGUGAGGUGCAGAGGUUAUUGACCGGUUAUAAGGAUGUGUUGACUGAUCAUCCAGGAAGAACAGUUCUUGCGGAGCAUGAUAUUGUCACUACAACAACUGAGCCGGUGCAUGUGAAACCCUAUCCUUUGCCAUUUAACACCAAAGAGGUCAUAAAGAAGGAAGUAGACAAGAUGCUUGAAAUGGGGGUGAUUGAGCCAUCAUCGUCGCCUUAUUCAGCGCCGGUGGUGAUUGUGAAAAAGAAAGACGGCACCAACCGAUUUUGCAUUGACUUCAGGAGAUUGAACCGAGUGACUGUAUUUGAUGCAGAACCAAUGCCAAAUACGGAAGACAUCUUUUCGAGACUUGCUGGUGCCCGGUUCUUUUCUAGACUUGACCUCAGCAAAGGUUACUGGCAGGUGCCUAUGUCAGACAAAGCCAAGCCGAUGACAGCAUUUGCUACACCACAGGGAUUAUUUCAAUUCCGGGUAAUGCCAUUCGGAUUGGUGAACGCUCCAGCGACUUUCAGCCGUAUGAUGAGGAAGUUGUUAGCAGAAAUGAAACAUCUUGAGAAUUUCAUAGAUGAUAUUCUCAUCUACACAUCCACGUGGGAGAAACACUUGGAUGUUUUGAAGGAGUUGUUUUCCCGUCUACGUAAUGCAGGACUGACUGCUAGACCCAGCAAGUGUGCAUUAGGUUUUGGAAGUUUAUCGUGCCUUGGUCAUGUGGUGGGUUUAGGUGGACUUGAACUGGAACAGUCAAAAGUGAAAGCCAUUGAGGAAGCGCCAAGACCAGUCACAAAGAAGCAAGUGCGUUCAUUCUUGGGAUUGGCGGGGUUUUAUAGAAAAUUCAUUCCAAACUUUGCCGCCAUCAGUGUACCACUGACCGACUUGACAAAGAAGGGUGGUGCUAACAAAGUCGUAUGGGGGGAAAGUCAAGAGAUUGCCUUCAAUACCUUGAAAAAAAUGCUAACCGCGGGACCGGUAUUGAAGCUUGCUGAUCUUGAACAGGACUUUAUUCUUCGCACCGACGCAUCCGAUACGGGACUGGGUGCUGUUCUUUUGCAGGAGGACAACGAUAAGAAGUUGCCUGUAGCUUACGCGAGCAAGAAACUCUUACCCAGGGAAAGGAAUUAUGCGAUAGUGGAAAAGGAGUGUUUGGCUAUCGUUUGGGGAAUCCAGAAAUUCGAACCGUACUUGUAUGGAAGAGAGUUUAUUUUGGAAACUGAUCAUCAACCCCUUACCUACCUUCAUCGUUCAAGGACUGCCAACGCAAGACUAAUGCGUUGGGCGCUGUUACUGCAGCCGUACCGAUUCCGGAUUCGAGCGAUAAAGGGUGUGGACAAUGUCGGAGCCGAUUACCUGAGCAGGAUCUGAGACAUUCAUACUCCGUGAAUGUUGUAAAAGUGUUACCACUUUUUUCCGGAACGGGGGGAAUUUUGUCACGUUCGUAUGAAUGUGUGUAUUUGUUUUUAUAUAUGUUUGUGCUAUGUUUGUUCGUUGUUCCUUCUGAGCGACCGUAGUUUUGGAGAGUAACCGGAAAUGGGUAAGUCCAAGCGGGACGCUUUGAAACUCCAGCAAGUUCGCUGAGUUUGUUUACCCGAUUCUACUGCAAAUGCAGUAUUGAAACAUGUACAGGCACAGAUAACAGACUGUGCUUCAUGUGAGGGUUCGAUGCCUACCAGCUGAGCUCUGUCGGGGCCUGUUAGAGACACCAGUGAUAAGCGCCAGGACCGACGUCAGUCAAGGUCAGCCUUUUGGUGAUCUGAACACGAGAACAGACCAAGAGUAAUUAGUUUGGUGGUGAAAGAAGGGGAACUCAACCGUGGUCAUCAGCCGACACUACAACAAUGACUGUUGCCGGAGGCCGCACUGGAAAUGUAUUUCCACCUUCCAGUUACCAGGAGUGUGGUAACUAUAUGUACAUAUUGGUACUAUACACCAAUCUAGUGUCCUGUGUGGAACUUGUCCUUUGUGGAACUUGGUGUCCUGUGUGGACAUUGAUCAGAGUCAUCUGAUUGCUAAGUUUUAGCAGAACAUAUUGUUAUUGGAGCCGAGGAGACUUACAAUAGAGUCCAGGAGAACUGUAACUACCUCAGGGUGCAGCAGAGACUUUUUGUGUAGUUUAUAGGAUCAUUAUGUGUGAAACUGUGUGGAUGUGAGUGUGAUUUGUUUAUGUUGUAAAUAAAUUGUAAAUAUGUAUUCGAAAUCUUGUUUUCAUUUGCCGUGUAACUACUCGACGCUCAUCCUA